CAUUCUUCAAUGAGAACUCGCUUGAACACUUUGGAUCCACAUGUAUAUUCAAUGCCUGCUGGUUUUUAUAAAAGUAUGAUAAAUAAAUAGGUAUUUGAUUUAUUUUAAAAGAACUGACUGGUCACCAAAGUUCCAGUCGUUGAAAAAAUACGUUUUAUUCGUAUGCAAUUUACCUACUUAGUGGCUUUUCUAAGGUGUAAGCAUGCUUACGAUUAUUUAAUUAUGAUUACGAUUACGAUUAUUUAUGCGCUCAUCAAAUUUCUAUUUGUCGUGAAUUUCUAUUUAUUGUUAAUGACGCAACAAUUCGUUUUCUCGCUUUUAAUUAGAGUGCCUCGGCUUAUUUAAGUCAGUGUACAUUUACAUUUUGUGAAGUACGGUUCUCUUAACAAGCGCGCGAGCGAAUUUUACGGCUAAAUUUUGCAAAUGGGAAAUUGUUUCCGUUGUUUUUUUGGAAACAAUGAUGAUAGUGAGCAGGAAAGUGCACAAACGAAAAAGUUCACCAUUGGUCAGCUCACGAAAUCUCCACUUAUGAAAGGGAAAAACACUCGAGAGUUGAGCAAGAAUGAUUUUAAGGCUAAAGAAAAAACAUGCGCAGCAUUAGAAGUGGCAAAGGCAGAAGAUGGAGCAGGUCUUAUACGGUUUACUCCUUUAUCUUGCAACGUAGAAGUUCAAAGCGAAAUUGAAUUAGCAAAGUUAUCGGUGGAGCCAGGAAUGAAUGACAAUGGCCACGUAGAAGUUCAGAGCGACGUUGAAGUAUUGAGGCAAACAGUAGAGCAAGGAAUAGACGAUAAUUUCCACGUAGAAGCUCAAAACGAUGUUGAAGUAGAUGUGCAACCUGAGUCAACUGCAGUGAUGCCUGUUGGUAUCGAAUCGAGAAAUUUUCCAGACGGAAAAACAUUCUGUGAUCUGUGGACAGAUGGCAAUAAUUGGGAGAGUCAAAGGAAAGACGAACAAUUAUAUCCAAUUGAACAUCAAUCUAUUGGACAGACAGUCUCAAAAACUAAUAACACCUUGCAAUUUGGUUCAGUGGUCUGUUUACCCGGAAAAAAUCGCUCCGUUAAUUUCACAGAACUAGGUGAAACACCAGUUUUGACUUCAACAAGGCGAUUGUUCUCGGAAAACAAUGUUACAUCAGACCUAAUCUUAAGCAAAAGUAACGUUGGAACAGAAGAAAAAUCGGAAAACGGCAAAGAUUCCGAUGAAGAAAAAAAUGACGAAAACGAAGUGGAAAAGCCGUGGGUUGACCCUGAAACCUUUUCUAAAUUAGUUAAUCAUUUUCGUAAAAGUAUUCAAGUUGACAAAAGUAUUGAUUUGAUGGAGCGCUCCAGUGACGUCAAAAGCGGUGACAAGGAUGUUAUGUCAGAAGUAGAGUUAAACAAAACUAACGUUGGAACAGAAGAAAAAUGGGAAAACGGCAGCCAUUCCGAUGAAGAAAAGAAUGACGAAAACGACGUGGAAAAGCCGUGGGUUGACCCUGAAACCUUUUCUAAAUUGGUAAAUCAUUUUCGUAAAAGUAUUCAAGUUGACAAAAGUAUUGAUUUGAUGGAUUGUUCCAUUGACGUCAAAAGCGGUGACAAGGAUGUUAUUUCAGACCUAGUGUUAAACAAAACUAACGUUGGAACAGAAAAAAAAUGGGAAAACGGCAGAGAUUCCGAUGAAGAAAAAAAUGAUGAAAACGAAGUGGAAAAGCCAUGGGUUGACCCUGAAACUUUUUCUAAAUUGGAAAAUCAGUUUCGUAAAAGUAUUCAAGUUGAUAAAAGUAUUGAUUUGAUGGAGCGCUCCAUUGACGUCAAAAGCAGUAACAAAGAUGUUAUGUCAGAAGUAGAGUUAAACAAAAGUAACUUUGGAACAGAAGAAAAAUGGGAAAACGGCAGAGAUUCCGAUGAAGAUAAAAAUGAGAAAAAUGAAGUGGAAAAGCCAUGUGUUGACCCUGAAACCUUUUCUAAAUUGGAAAAUCAUUUUCGUAAAAGUAUUCAAGUUGACAGAAGUAUUGAUUUGAUGGAUUGUUCCAUUGACGUCAAAAGCAGUAACAAAGAUGUUAUGUCAGAAGUAGUAUUAAACAAAACUAACGAUGGAACAGAAAAAAAAUGGGAAAACGGCAGCGAUUCCGAUGAAGAAAAAAAUGACGAAAACAAAGUAGAAAAGCCGUGGGUUGACCCUGAAACCUUUUCUAAAUUGGAAAAUCAUUUUCGUAAAAGUAUUCAAGUUGACAAAAGUAUUGAUUUGAUGGAGCGCUCCAUUGACGUCAAAAGCGGUGACAAGGAUGUUAUUUCAGACCUAGUGUUAAACAAAACUAACGUUGGAACAGAAGAAAAAUGGGAAAACGGCAGCGAUUCCGAUGAAGAUAAAAAUGAGGAAAACGACGUGGAAAAGCCAUGUGUUGACCCUGAAACCUUUUCUAAAUUGGAAAAUAAGUUUCGUAAAAGUAUUCAAGUUGACAGAAGUAUUGAUUUGAUGGAGCGCUCCAGUGACGUCAAAAGCGGUGACAAGGAUGUUAUUUCAGACCUAGUGUCAAACAAAACUAACGUUGGAACAGAAGAAAAAUGGGAAAACGGCAGAGAUUCCGAUGAAGAUAAAAAUGAGCAAAACGACGUGGAAAAGCCGUGGGUUGACCCUGAAACCUUUUCUAAAUUGGUAAAUCAUUUUCGUAAAAGUAUUCAAGUUGACAAAAGUAAUGAUUUGAUGGAUUGUUCCAUUGACGUCAAAAGCGGUGACAAAGAUGUUAUGUCAGAAGUAGAGUUAAACAAAAGUAACUUUGGAACGGAAAAAAAAUGGGAAAACGGCAGAGAUUCCGAUGAAGAAAAAAAUAGCGAAAACGAAGUGGAAAAGCCGUGGGUUGACCCUGAAACCUUUUCUAAAUUGGUAAAUCAUUUUCGUAAAAGUAUUCAAGUUGACAAAAGUUUUGGUUUGAUGGAGCGCUCCAUUGACGUCAAAAGCGGUGACAAGGAUGUUAUUUCAGACCUAGUGUUAAACAAAAGUAACGUUGAAACAGAAGAAAAUGGGAAAACGGCAGCCAUUCCGAUGAAGAAAAGAAAGAGGAAGAAAAAGGUGAAAAGGCGUGGGUUGACCCUGAAAUCUUUUCUAAAUUGGUAAAUCAUUUUUGAUGGAUCGUUCCACUGACGUAAAAAGCGGUGACAAGGAUGUUACGUAAGACGUUUUGUAAAAAACUAUUAAGUUUUUGACAUUAUUUCUGACGUAGCACCGUUAUGACUAAAAGUUAUUCCGAUGGAAAAAAUUGAUGAAAACUAAUAGUUUUAAAAUCAUCGGAAUCUCUUCCAGCAAAUUCUAAAAGCUGUCAGUUUUAAAAAAAUUAAGGAUUAACUGGCUUUGGAUUGGUUUUAUGUAUGUGGAAUGCUAUGGUGAAAUGGCUUAUUUAAAAUGUAAAUAGUCAGACUCUUACGAUGUUGUGCAUUUAGAAGACAUAUUAUAGUAUUCUUUAUCAAUUUGAAGAAGCAAAGCUCUUAUUAUUUAAUGUAAAUCGUUAUUUAAUAUAUUAAAUUUGUAAAAUUGUUGCUGUCAGUGUAAAAUACAUAUGUUUCAAAGAUUUAA